AAACUAUGCACUGGGGUUAUCCAGUUUGCCUUCACCUGCAUCCAGGAGCAUGCUGUGUGGGGCAGUUUACAGUUCUGGGAGCAAGCCUUUUACCAGGAUGUACAGAUUCAGAUUAGACAGCUCUACCUACCACUGUAUGAGGAACACGUGCUGAUGAAGAGGUCCACAGACAGUGCCAGCAUAGAGUCCCCUAAUGGAUCUGAGAACGGCAAGUCCUCCACUCUGGUGAAGCCUAGGCAAAUUGGCGCACUAGAGAUUACUGCUGAGCAGCUGCGUAUCUGGCCCACUAUGAGUGACGAGCAGCAGCGUGAGAUGAUCAACAACGAGGAGUCGACAGUGUACAGCCAGGCCAUUCACUACGCCUAUCGCAUGGUGUACCUGCGGGUGCCGCUCGACGCUUCACGCUCCAUGAAGAACAUCGCCAUAGACGAGAACAGCAGCACUGUCACGCCCAGUGUUGCGGAGAGUGACAGCCUGGAUGCCGAGAGUGGUUUUGACGAGACGGAGCAAACAGAUGUGGCUGCUGUGGUGACCAAGUUUGUGUCGCGGUUCGUGGACAAAGUGUGCAAUGAUGGAGGGGUCACUCAAGAGCAUGUGAGGGCUCUGCACCAAAUGAUACCAGGUGUUGUUGCCAUGCACAUUGAGACUCUGGAGGCUGUGAACAGAGAGAGCAAACGCUUGCCCCCAGUUCAGAAGCCAAAGAUCAUCACACCAUCCUUAUUGCCUGGAGAGGAAGUGGUCAUGGGAAAACUGCGAGUGUAUCUGCUGCCUGAUGGCCGUGAGGAAGGAACUGGUGGCAACAUGGGAGGCCCAUGCCUGCUUCCUGCGGAAGGAGCCGUUUUCCUUACAACAUACCGCAUUAUAUUCAAGGGCACACCUUGUGACCCAUUCGCCUCCGAGCAAGCAAUACUUCGCAGCUUUCCAGUAUCUUCCCUCACUAAGGAAAAGAAAAUUAAUGUUCAGAUGUACCUGUCCCAUCUUGACCAAGGUUUGCAGGAAGGAUUACAGUUACGCUCUAAUGUAUUUCAGUUGCUGAGAAUUGCCUUUGAUGAAGAAGUGACCUCUGAUGAUAUUGAAGCUUUCCGUAAGUUGGUGAACAAGGUGCGCAACCCUGCCACAGUGUACAGCACUUUUGCCUUCACUGGCUACGCCGUGCAUGCGUCCACACAGAUGCAAAAGAACAAAGAGAAGAAUGCAUCAUUAAGGCAAUUUGCAAAGCGCACCCUCCUGAAAACAGCACGAAAAGCUGGCCUGAAGAAGCACAACCGCAACAAGCCCAAGUAUUCAAUAACCAGCCCUCCGACUUCAAGACGAAGUGGCAACUCAUCCCCCCACUCAACAGACAGCGAAUCCGAGUGUGCAGGCAGCGUCCACAAUGAUGAUUUAUCAGUAAGUCCCUUUUCAUCCCCAGUGAUAGACGAGAAUGAGCUGAUUCCGUCUUACUCAAGCGACCCGAAGAACGUGGAGCGCCUGAUGGAGAGGCACGCCUACCAGGACUACCAGCGCUUGGGUCUGGGGAGUGUGGCCAUGUCGGGCCAACGAGGUGGACGGUCAGAACCUUUCAGGGUCUCCACCGUCAACUCCACGUUCCAGUUGUGUAGAAGCUAUCCGGGGCUGCUAGUCGUCCCCCAGUCUGUAUCUGAUGAGAGUAUACGCAAGUUCUCCCGUUGCCACAGACAAGCCAGGUUCCCAGUAAUCACUUGGCGGCACCCAAGAACACGGGCUCUUUUGCUGCGUGCCAGUGGCUUCCACUCUCGUGGCCUCAUGGGUAUGCUGAAGCAUAAUGCAGCUCCUAGCACAUCGAGUGGCGAAGCAUCGUCGAGCAUCGAGCAGGAGAAGUACUUCAUGCUGCUGGUGGCGGCCACGCCCAGCAGCCACCGCAGCAGCAACAAUGCGCUGGUCAACUCGGCCAGCGACUCUCUCACCUCGCUCGACUCCCUCAUGAUGAUCGGGGUGGGCGGGGAGUCCCUCAACAUCAUGCCCACCACUCCUGAGCCCCUGCGGCACACAGCCUCUAGUGGUGGCAGUGGCGCCGGUGGUGUUGUCAGUGGUGGUGGUGGCGUGGUGGGAGGAGGCAGUGGAGCUGGUGCUGUUGGUGGUGGGAGAGGAGAGGCACUGGAUAAGAGAGUGAGCGCACCACCAGGUCCUGCUAGUGCCACCAAGGCCAAGACUGCAUUUUUGACUCUGCCUCGACGUGUCAGCAGACCAGGGCCAUCUGUGGGGAGAGUAGGCAGCAUGAGAGAGCGAUCACCCAACCUCAACAUCAGGUCUCGCACCUCGAGAGAUCCCAGCCACGGCAACUUGGUGGACAACAGCAUCAAGAGCCUGCAUCACGUGGCCUUGUAUGUGCUGGGGGAGAAAGCGCAGAUGAAGGGCAUCAAGAUGGAGUCGUUCCCCAAAUGUGACUUCAUCCCCGUGGACUUCUACGAGGUGCGCCAGGUCAAAGCCAGCUUCAAGAAACUGAUGCGAGCCUGUGUACCCAGCAGCCCACCCAGCCACCCGGAGCACAGCUUCCACAAGGCUGUGGAGGACUCAGAGUGGCUGCUGCAGCUCCAGAGUGUUCUGCAGCUGGCAGGAGCCAUCGUGGACCUGCUGGACCUACAGGGCUCGUCUGUCAUGGUCUGUCUAGAGGACGGGUGGGACAUCACCACUCAGGUGAUGUCGGUGGCUCAAGUCAUGAUGGAUCCUUAUUACCGCACAAUGGAAGGUUUCAAGACCCUCAUUGAGAAAGAGUGGCUGGGCUUUGGUCACCGGUUCAGCCACCGCAACAAUCAGACGGCAGCCACGCAGACUAGUGGCUUUGCUCCCAUCUUCUUGCAGUUCCUAGACAUUGUCCACCAGAUCCACAAUCAGUUCCCGCUGUCCUUUGAGUUCAGCCAGUACUUCCUGUGCUACUUGGCCUACCACUGCUCAAGCAACCGUUUCCGUACGUUCAUGCUGGACUCUGAACUAGAGCGCGUGGAGGCGGGAUGGCUACUGGAGGAACGUCGCCCGUCACUCGGCUCAGACUCACGCAGCGAGGACAGUACUGACCACCAUGCCAAGCUGCACCUACCUGGACUCACUGAUCACAGGCAAGGGAUGUCAGACCACAGGCAUGUCCCUUGUGGAGCGUCGCUGUGGGCUCACAUAGACAAACAGAGCAAGUUGUCCCCAGCUUUCUUCAAUGUGGCCUACGCUGUGGAAGAACAAGAGCCUAUACUGAGACCUUACUCCAACGUGUCUAACCUGAAGAUCUGGGACUUCUAUGUGACGGAGGACCUGAGCCGAGGCACACCGUAUGACAUCGAUAUUGAGGAGACGGACGGCCUGAGGGAGGAGCUCGAGGCAGAGGCCAUGGGUGUCACACGCAGGCAGACUCUCAAUGCCUGCUACCACAACAUUGAGCGUGUGCAGCCCAAUUGUUUCUGGUCAAAGAUAGAGGAGCUCCAUCGAAUCGAGUGUGACAUGGGAAUAAAGCCAUCACCCUGGAGAGCUGUCUGGGACAGACUUGAAUGUCCAGGGAGAGAGCAGUUUCAUAGACAGCCCUUCCCCCCGUUUUCUACCCAGGUGUCACUGAACACCCAGCUGGUACGCUCACAUGGCCGCUCGUUCCACAAACGCUCCACCCUGGAGAUCCUUGUGCGUGGCAAGAUGCUUGGCGAGGCAGCCCGAAUAUUCUCCCAGCCUCAUCGCUUUGAGAAACACACGUAUACGACCUCCACCUUCUGCGACCACUGCUCUCAGAUGUUGUGGGGUCUCUCAAAGACAGGAAUGCGUUGUGUGGACUGCGGCUACAACUGUCAUGACAAGUGCCAACAGUACGUGCCCAAAAACUGCCAGAAGCUGAGGGCCGUCGGAGAGUCGGGGGUGGCCACACAGAACCUUCAGAGCAAUGGGGCGGCUUCCGUCAAUGCAAGUGCUGCCACAUCUUCUGAUGGUUUUGGCCAGUACAAGUCCAGCUCUCCUGAGCACAGGACACACGAGGGCCACUUGUUCAAGCAAGGUGCCCUCUUCAAACAGUGGAAGCAACGCUGGUUUGUUCUGGACUCCAUGAAGCAUCAGCUCCGCUAUCACGAAAGCAUUGACGACCCACAUCCUAGAGGCUACAUAGAUUUAGCAGAGGUGGAGUCUGUCAGUUUGGUCAAGUCAAUGCCAGGGGCUCCCAAGAGAGCAGAUGAAAAUUCUUUCAUUGAGAUUCGAGCCAUGCGCCGAGUGUACAACUUUAUGGCUACAGACUCCAAGUCAGCCAUAGACUGGGUGGACAAGCUUCAGAGUUGUAUACAGUGAGAGGGCUAAGACGUCCUCCUCUGUUGGGAUCUUAGGCUGUUUCAUUACUUCACUGUGCUGUGAGGCUCACAAGUGUACAGAGCAUUGUAGCUGCUGCUGCUCACUCGCUGAAUGAGGACGACUGUGCUUCCUGCUUUGAGAGAAAGAAAGACGAUUUAGAGAAAUGUAGAGAAUGACAGAAGGACAACGGGAGUGAAAGAAAGCUUUAAAUGUGAUUCAUCAUCCUCUGCUAGGCUGUGCUGUUUGCUCUAUUGAUAAUCUUGUUGUUUUAUAAAAUCAUGAAAUAGUUUUUGUUCUUCUCUAUCUAAUGUUUUGGGUGUUUAUUAUGAAAUUUAGUAUAUAUGGAGAUGAAUUAUGAUUAUGAUGACGAAGAUUAUGAUAAUAUUAUUCUACAUGCUUAUGCUUGCUCCAGAUGUGCAUGCUUUUCGUUCACGUUAUUUUUUUUCUAACUUGCACCAUCUAUGUGUAUGUGUUUUUGAUUCUGUGUGUAAAUGUUACAAUAUCACACGUCUUCUUUCACACUGGUGAUUUUUUCCCUCCAGAGGCUGGUUCACGCCAUGGCCGGUAUUUUGCUACAAUAUCAUUAUCACAUUAGGAAAAUUAAGUUCAGUUCCUGGGUGGUGGCCUUCAGUUCUUCUUGAAUAAUAGAAUACAGCUGUAUAGUAUGAUCGUGCUCCAUAACUGGGACAUGAGGAAAUAUUGGCUGUUUUUCAUGGAUUAUAUUUUUAUUUUUUAUUUUUUGGAAGAGAGAGAGGGGGGGGGGGGGUCAUUUUGAGCUAAUAUCCACCCCUUCUGUUUAGUCAGUCUUUUUGAGGGACAUGUUCUCAGAAGCUUGACCUAUGAAUAGUAGUGUGAAAUUAUUAGUCAUGCGUGUCAGUGUGAAAUUAUUAGUCAUGCGUGUGCUAUAAUUUGAAGAUGGCGCAGAAGACAAAUUUGUAAGCCAUAUCAACCAUUUGCAAAAGAGAAUUCCUAUCAUGAUUCGUGAAGUAGAUUUCUGGUGAAAUUUCUGGGUUUAGAUAAACUGCAGACGUUAUUUUUAUCCAUAUAUUGAAAAUGUAGUGAAGAGCUUUAGUCAGACUUGCACAGAAUAUUUUAACUUAUUCUUUUGUAAUUCUGCAAAAGAAUAAUAGUGUUUCUACUGUUUCUUGCUGUAAUGAGCCUUUGAUCACACUGACAUUCAUUUGAUUUUCUUAGGUGUAAUCUGAGUUCAUUUUUAGCCGACUGUAAAUCAAUAAUUUGGAUCGAAGAUUCUAUGUGACUAAUUGUGAUACAUCUUGGAACUGAUCUGAAUAGGAGCUAAUGGUGCGGGGAUGUUCUUACCUGAAAAAGGAGCUGGGUUAAGAUCACACUCAUUGAAUAUUUCAUUUUUUGUUGUUCUUGUAGUAUUUUGUAUCCAAGGUUAGGACCUUCUAUGUUCUGUAAAUCCCAUUGUCUUAUGGGGGAAAAGGAAGUGCAGCUAUUUUUUUGUCAAGUGUUGUGCUAGGUUAUUUUUUUCUCGAGAAUAAACAGUGAUAUUCAGGGGCUUGCCAUACUGUUCAUCAAUAGGCUGUUGCUUUCCUGCCUAUUGGGUAGGUAAGAGAUGGAAGGGAGAGACCUGCCAUUACUAAGUGAAGUUUGUAUGUUGAUGGGUUGUUUUAGAUUGUGAAAUGAGCAUGUUUGUUUAUUUAAGAAAUGGAUUGACAGAUUAUCAGAACUGGAAUGACUAGAAGUCUACUCAUGCUUUGUAAAUGAAUCCACUUUGCUUAUUUGUGAUAAACAUGACUUCAUACUUAACAUACUUUGUGUUAUUUUGCUGUCAAUUGUCCAGCUAUUUAUUAUCAGUUUAUCCCUGUACAUUGUCUAUAACUCUUUUUUUCACCAGUUGCCAUUCUUUGUGUCUCCUGCUCCUUUUGUGUGGUAUUUACCUGAAACAGCCUUUCUUGUGCCCAGGUGUGUCAGUUUUGCUCUGAACUAAAACCAACAGUUAAGUCAAAAGUGGUAUCGAUCGGUGUAGCUACUGUAUGCAGUUUGUUUUCCAUGAACUUCUAGCUCAACAUAGAGUUACUUGAUAUGCUCGGAAAAUAAUUUAAAAUCUUGAAAA